AUGGCGACGCCAAGACUCGGCCGGGCGCUCACAACGUGUCCAAACUGCCUGGGACGCCUGCCCCUCGCCCGACCGACGGCCACGCAGGUACUGCCCUCGCCGCUGCAGCAACUGACCCAGGUCCGGCACGCGAGAACCCUCACCAAGGCCGAAUUGGAGGAUCUUCAGGGUAUUCCUGUGCGGCUGCUCAAGAACAUUGCCGGGUUCGGCAAGCAACAUUCCAUUAUCCGAGUCAAGCCCGGCCGUAUGCGAAACCAAUGGCACCACAAGGGUCUCGCCGAGUACAUGACCAAGAAGCGGUUCACAGAGCUGGGACUCACAGAGGCCGCCAUUGGUGUGCGCGACCGCACGUUUGGCACCAAGUUGCUCGACGAGGAGGACGGCGAUAGCCAGAAGAUUGUCACCAACGAACCAGUCAAGACCAAGAAGAAGGAGACCAUUGUUAUGACGGCCGAUGAAUCCCGCGCCCUUUUACAAGAUCUCCUCCCCAAGGUCCUAGUCUUUGCUAGGAAACCAAUCGCCGCACCCGAGCCGGCCAAGGACCCUGAACCCGUGGUCUCGCGCAAUUUUGCCCUUGCCGCCAACGCGCAGGUAUCGACGCAAACCGCGGCGGAAGCAGCAGCAGUACCCGAGCAGCCACAGCAAGACACCAAGGCCAUCUUUGGUUCGGUGGCCCCCACCGAUGUCGUGGCGCGCAUCCGCGAGGCCCUCCUGGCCGACAGCAAUGGUAGUCGCGUGUCGUUCGAGGCCGAGGCCGUCUCGAUUCUGGGGCUUGAGGCCGGCGAAGACCGUAUCAAGCGGCUGGGCGUGUACGAGGUCGAGAUUGUGACGGGCAAGGGUCUGGAGCCCGUCAGGAGGACGGUCGAGGUUGUUCCCGAAACCGACUAA